AUGGUCAUUGGGGUGCCGAAGCCGUUGCCCUGGGAUGGGUUCUUCAGCAAGGCGGACAACUUCAUCAUGUGUGUUACUUCGAUCUUAGUGGCCGGCACCACGCUGAUCCUGACAAAUGCAUUGGUGUGGGUAGUCCUGGGCUCACUCAUCCGACCUGCGGACUUAAUCCCCUAUGCCAUUAUGGUUGCAGCAGUUGCCACGAUGGGCCAUAGCAUGCUUUCCAAGUUCCGUGGCAUGAAGAACUACUGCCAGUCCCAGAUGGUCGACUUGCUCGAUGCGGCCCUGGUCGCCAUCUUCAAGGUCAUGGCAAAAGACAAGACGAUGAUGUCCACGGUGGAGGAUCGGAAAGAGAAGUUCGAAGCCUUGAAGGAUCAGGUUGCCAAACUGCUCCCGGACUUGGACCUACACGUCGGCAAAGCAAUGGAGAAGAUGGUGCGUGCAGGAAGGCACCGCGAAGGGACUGAUGAAUUCCUCAGCAAGCUCCACCUUGACCCCGAAGCGGGCACGCAGACGCAAGUGGUUCCCGCGACGGCUCAGGCUGCCACAGACGCCAAAGUCGAGGCGCAGGACAGCCAAGCCGGCGAACUCCACAUGCAGCCGGCCACGGCAUCGGCAGAACACAAGUCAGCUGACAAGGAGAGGGAGCGGAAGGUGAAGAAGCUCUCCAAACACUUGGCACUCCACUCAAAAACCGUUGAGCUCAUGCUAGACUGCUUUGAAAAUCGGGUGGUCCUCAAGCGCUUGAGUGACAACGCUGCAGCUCACAGCAACAGCUCGGCAUCUACUCUGGCUUCGUUGGUCUCUAUAGCAAGGAGAGACUGUUUGUUUGGACAUUUUCUGAGACCCCUGGAGGCUCCCGGCCUUCCGAAGGAUGCUCCCGAGACAGAGCCGCGAGUGCUGUCGCUCCUGUGCCACUUACAAAAUGAGGAGAUGGAGAGGAUGGACGCGGUCGUUGCGAAGUGUCUGACUCAGUAUCUGAAUUGGCCGCGCAUCGGUCGCGAAGUGGAGUUCUUCUGCUCGCGGACGCUCGUGUCAAGGGUUAUCCUCAAUGCAGUGGAGCGCGAGCUGUCUGUGGUUGUGCAGGGCAGCGCUGCCUCUGAGGUCGUUUUGGGAGCGUACCGCGUCGGCUAUGAGCUUUUCGAGACCAGGUAUAGGACGAAGCCGCUGGAGAUCUUUGCGGAUUGUGGCCUUCUGGACCCCGAUGUUCUCCAAAGGCCACAGGUGCAGUUUAUCCUCAAUGCCGAGAUUGAUGCUCAGCUGCAUGGUGGCGGCUUGACGCCCGGAGCACUAAUUGCAGCUGUGAGGAGCCUUUGCCUUCAUGGAGAGGAGAAGUCGCUGAUGCCGGGAAGCCAGCCGAAAGCAUACUUCUGGUACAAAGGUCUGGUGGCAGUCCUGAAGGAUUUGGGCUGGAGCAGAGAAGAACUGGAGCCUUCAAAAGGUUGGUUGCAGAAUCGGUGGGAUGAGCUGACUGAAAGAUGUGAUCUUUUCGAGUACAGCUCUGCCGAGGAAGUCGUGGCAUUGGUCCUUCGCUUGACGAACGGGGGCUUGUGGAAGGCCGCCACCAAGUCAUUACUCUUGAAGACCGGCAUUUGCGGUUAUGCAAGCUGCCAUGGAGCUGCAGAGAAGGCUGGCAAGUUGGCGAAGGAGCUUGAUGCCUGCGACAUUCUUGAUCUCACUUUUGUAAGCCAGAAGUGCCACUGGCCAGCUGAUGUGACCAAGCUUUGGGAGGAGCAUGCAUGUGCGAGUUCGCCUGAGGGGCCGGUCGUCCUGCCCGUCUCACAGGUGAUGCGAUUCAUGGAAGCCUUGGUCUACGAUCUCGCCGAGGAGAAAACAGAAGAGUCAGGAAAAGAGGCGCGAAGGUUCCUACCUUUGUCGCCUUUCUCCGAGUCCAUGGAGGACCUCGCAUGGCAGAAAGAGUUAGGUCGAAGUCCGGGCCUGUGGCAUGUGCAGCCUUCUGGUCGCCGCAAGCUGCGCGGACUUUGGCUGGAGCUAGUGAUCCAGGUCUUCGACGUGAUGGACUGCAUUCCAACGGACUUGGACCUCUUCUUCCAAUGUCAGGAAGCUACAACGACUCUUGGUGACGUGUCCUUCAUGCUGCAACUGGACAAGUUCAAGGAGUGGCUUAAACGUGACUACUUCUCCCAGCUGACGGAUUGCACCUUCAACCAGUUCAAGGUCAUUGUCCGCGACAUGCUGAAGUGCCACAUUCCGGAGAAGGCUUUGAUGGAACAAGUGUUCGAAGCUUGUCCCGUCAUCCCAGACGAUGACAAGGGUGAGCUCCGAGCCAUCAGCGACCUUGCAGCCGCUCUCUAUGCAUACACAGACCAUGGCUUGUGGUCGGAAGCCUUGCGUCUCGUUGCCAAGCGCCUCCUACCCGCAGGAAACUCCCGAGACUACGCACUGACUCACCUCGAAGAUGAGUUUGAAGCAACUGAUGUUGCGAAGCGAGGCGUCUUGUCUGUCAUGGAGUCGCUGGACUUGCUUCAGAACUUGGCGGUUCCGGGAUUAACUUGUGCCGACCUUGGAAAGCUCUUGGAGAAAGAGCUCGGCCUCGAGGUUCCUCGUGCUGAGCUGCACAAGUACUUCACCACGAUGGAUGUCAAUGGCGAUGGUCUGCUUCAAGACGAGGAGUUCAUUCAGGUGGUUCGAUUCUUGAUGCUGGACUACUAUCCCCACCACAUUCUGAAGCACCUGAACUUGAGUUUGCCACAGAUUGCUCUUUUCAUGAGCGGGGUGUUGGCUGCGAUCGGCGUGGUGUUCCUUCUUGUGACGCUCGUGAUCUCAUUCUUCGAAGUAGGGGAGGACAUCGGAGCAACACUCCAUGGGGGCUUCAGCGGCAUCUUCGGGGUCGUGGGCAAAAGGCUCAGUGACGAAGGCAUUGGCUUUGAAGACACUAUGAAGAACUUAGAGCUCAGGCUGGAGGCGAUGAUGGUCACUGCGCUGGUGACGGUCCUCGGCCUUUCAAAGGAAAUGCAGGAUGUGUUCUCAAAUGUGAUUGCUUCAGCUGAAGCUCGUUUAGUCUAG